AUGACUGAAUUAAGUAAUGAGCAAAUUGUCGAGAUUUUAUUUCAUUUGGUAGAAGACACACGCACUAAAGAACAAAUGGAAGCUGUUCAACAAGAAAAAAUUGUACUUUGCACGUCACAAAAUGCUUUUUUUAAAAUUUUAUAUUAUUUACAAGAUAAACUUGAAUUACCGGAUGAAAUUACUCAAGAUGCAAGGUAUAUGAAGUACAAAGAUAUAUUUAAAAUCAGUUUAAAAAAAUUAAUAAAAACAGAAAUUAAUAAUUUAAUUCAGACUUCCGAUGUAGAAUCUGUCAUCCACGAGUUAAGAGCAAUAUUUAUGAACUCGGAAAGCCAAUUUGAUGAAAUUGCAGAUAUAUUUGUUAGAAUUACUUCCCAAAAUCCAGUCUAUAUAGAAACAUUACUCCAAGAAAUAGAAUCUAUAGAAGGAUUUGAAUCAAACCUGCUUUUACAGUGCAAAUAUGCUACCAUUUUUUGUAAAAUAUCUUUUUCUACUUCAGAUAAUGAACAAUACCAAAAGCUAUGCGAAAUAUUCCAAUCUUUUACUGAAACACCAGAAAAAUUAUUCGAUAAAAUUGAAUACGAAAACAAAUACGAAGAUUAUUAUAUUCUGAUCGUUGUGAAUAGUGUAUUAAACAAUAUCUAUAUUGGAGCUAACACAGACCGAGAAAUUCGCUUACAACAGAUGAUCAAUUAUGACUAUUUUCUAAACUUUUUUGAAUAUUCAAAAUUACCAAUUGCUAGGAUCACAGAAUACGAGAAUUGCCUAAAUUGCAUAUUAAAGUUACUGUAUACAAUAUUACGUGUUAUAGAGGAUGAAGAAUUUUCGCAAAAAUUAGCAAAUUCAUUAUUUGGCCCUUUAGUCGAACUCAUUCAAUAUAAUCUGAAUAACAAUUACAAAUUAUUUGAAGACAAUAUUGGUAUUUCAGCUCUAUUACUUAAUACCAUUUUUGAAAAAUUACAAAAUUUAGAAAAUAUUGAACCAGUAAUCAAUACUCUUAUAAUGUGUUGUUAUCCAUUCGAAUUUGACGAUGAUUUGGUUGAAAACGAAGGAUUUUUCGAAAAAUAUUUUGAUGUCCAUUAUUUUUCGGCUAAUCUUAUGGAAACGGAUCAACUAUUUACCCCCGCCUCAAUAAUUAUCAACUGUUUAUUAUCAGAGAAUACUGAUAUCUAUUCUGCUACUUGGAAUAUUUUAACUUCAGAAACUUGGCUGUUUUCGCCUGCAACAAUUACAAUUGUCACUAUGUUGGUUCAUUCAUGUAUUGCCGAAGCUUUUGUUCCGUCCAAACCCAACGUUUUACCAGAAAUUUUAUCAAAUGCAGUUAAAUCUUAUAUUGAAGCUUAUCUUGGGGAGUCAAAGCCUGAAAAUAUAUCUGAUGAGAUGUAUUAUCUCUAUCGAUGCCUCAUUUGUACAAUUUUACCUUAUUUCGGAACUAAUGAUUUUCCAGAAAUUUUUGGAGAUGAAGGAUCUGUAGUCCAAAUAUCGGCAAUUUCAUUAUUCUUCAGACAUGUCCGCGUUUCUCUACUUUCUGGAGACAAAACAUACCUUACACAAGAAAUUGCCCAACAAUUAAUAGAUUAUAUCAAUGGAUGCUACUUCAGGGAGUCAAAUAAGACAUUAUUAUCCUUGAUUAGUAUAUAUCAAUCUAUUGGAAAAGAUAUUAUUCUUGAAUUAUUCCGAAAUGAGUUCAAAGACAUAAAAAGUAUCAUUGAAAACAACAUUCCAGAAAAUGAAGAUGAAGAUAUAGAUAAUGUAGAUAAAAUUGUGAUGGACGUGACCCAGAUUAUUGAAUAUGUUGCAUCUUAUCGCGAUUUUGAUCAAAAAUUUUGUUCAAUUUACUUAUCAAUACUUAAAUCAAUGUCUCAAAAGAAUAUAACAGCCGAAUCAUUUUUCUCUCUUCCAAUUUAUUAUGCCCAUCCUAAUCCAAUGGUUUUCUUCAUAGUUAUGAUCUCGAUUUAUGCCAACGAAUUAUUUAGUUGUUUCAUUUAUGAUUCAAUGAUGAAAUUCAACGUCGAAUUCGCUGAAAAUCCAAAAAUGAUAACAGAUAACCAAGCAGGAUUGUUUAUACAAAAGGUUAUUCCUUAUAUUAUUACACAUGAAAUAGGCUCUAUAGAUUUAGAGGCAUCAUGUUUGUUCUUUGCGUUAUCAAUUUUAUAUUUCGACUUUAAUGAAGCAUUCAUGGAAAACAUAUACAAUUUUGCAGAUGAAAUAUGUAAUUUAGAUGGAAUAGAGUUUCUUUCUGGCUUAGAAUUGAUUUCUGCUUUGAUUAUUAAAUUAGAUUUCAUUCCUUCGGAAGAAAUCAUCAAUCAUUGGUUGGAAUUCUGUCAAAGUGAAUGGAUAAUACCCGAUUACCCAAGGGCUUUACUUGGAACUGCCUUGAGAAAACUUUCAACUUUAAUUGACUUCGAAAACGAAAAUAUUGCUUUUGUUUCGAAUUUCCUCCUCAGUGGACAACUUCCUGAAGGAGAACUCGACCCAGAGAAUUUCUUUUAUCAAGAACUUCGUAGUUUAUAUCCUUCCAUUACAACAAUUCCUCUGUUUAAUGCUGAUGAGUUUGUUUCAGUUCAAAAUGUUCAGGAUCAAAAUGAUUAG